GAAGAGUGCUACGAGAUCCUUGGCUUGGAAUAUGGCGCGAAAGAAGAUGAAAUCAAGAGUGCUUACCGCAAAAAGGCCCUGCAGUGUCAUCCUGAUAAGAAUCCUGAUGACCCAUUGUCAACACAAAAAUUCCAAGAGCUAGGUCAUGCAUAUCGAAGACUAACAGGCGAAGAAGAUAGUGAUGACAAUAAUUAUGAUGAUGAUGACAUGGAUAUAUGGAGAGAUUUUUUCUUCUUUUUGUUUAGAGAUGAGAUCUUGGCAAGAGUCCAUUGCAGGUGCAGCAGAUGUGGAAGAGCGGGGGAACAGGAGGAUGAUGAUUUUCUGGCCUCCCUGGCAAAGGAGCAAGAAGAACAGUACAAAUUUACAGAAGAAGAGAUGGCACAGUUCACAUGCUUUGCAAAUCUCAAGGAACAGAGAGAAGCAAAUAAAAAGAAAUUUUGCGAUGAGAGAAACCAGUCAAACAUCAAAACUGAACAAAAAGCCACUAAAGGACAUAAGCCAAAGUUAAAGAGUAAUAAGCAGCUGAAAGUGGAGCAGUGGAAACGAGAAAAGGAAAUAUCUGAAAUGGCAGCUCAAAUUAGCCAAACAAAUCCAAAGUUACAAGAGAAAAAGGCUUCUACAAAAGAUGCUAAAACAAAAGAACUUCAUCAGCAGAAAAGUUGUAGUCAGCAUGGAGUUGCCGAUAGAAAGAAAGAUGUUAGAGAACCCACAGAAAGCAGUGCUAACAAGAGGAACGCAAGGAAAAAGAAGAACAGAAAUAAAUCAAAACAGCAUGGUGACAAGGAAACAGAAUCCAGCCAAAAUAAUAGUUUUGCAAAAACUACUCUUGCUGAGCAGAAAGUAGCAUCAAGCUUUGUUGUGCAGGAUGCUGUAAGAAAUGUUACCAUCAAACCAGAAACCACAAAGAGACAGGAUGACGUAACAGGAAGAUUACCACAUUACACCAGGUACACCAGUCCAAGGAUGAUGAAGGCUCAGGCUCGUGUGCAGGAUUCAACUAUGAGCAGGCACAAGAAUGAGCCACCAAAGCAAACUGUGAGAGGAUGGUUUGAUAACCAGAAACCCGGAACUUCAUCGAGACCCAGUUAUGGUGCAAACGUCUGGCAGAAGAGGCAGGAAAAACAGCAGUUCUUAGCAGAACUACAGCCUAGUAAUCAAACUGAUGAAGAACUGCAGCUGCAAUUGGCAUUGGAACUCAGCAAGAAGCAAGCGGAAAUUGACGCGCAACAGAGAGAGAUUAACAAGUUGGAAAGACAAAUGGAGAAAACACUUCAGGUAGAGAAGCAAUUUCAGCAGAUCACUAGCGUGGAAGAGACUCAGAACACAGCAGCAGAUGCUGUGACGGAUCCUGGAAGGUUUGCAACUGCGGGGAUCCGUCACGGAUGCGGGCCGGGAGUAAAUGAGGUCAAAGAAUGGUGUGCGGUAUCUGACAGUGAAGACGAGUGGCAGGAGGGCGAGCAAGUGUCAAACUUCUCUGAUGAAGAUGCCUCUGAUGACGAGGAAAAUGGUUUUAAUAUUGAUGUGGCUUCAGAGCCCCUACCCAAGACUGAGUAUCAAGACCUUGACGAAAAGCAUGUAGCUGAAGGAUUUGGAAGGAGCGGAAAAGUCAGCUUGACUGUUCCUAAGUCAAACGAGCUAUUGCCGCAGCUCUCAAGAGGCCUGGAUUCACAGAAUUGUUGUCCUUAUGGGAAGAAUUGUUGUUUGGGAAAGCGCUGCUUGUAUUCACAUCCACCAUCCAUCAACAACAACAGGAAGAUCCAAACAUUUGUUGACAACACUUCGAGUUCAAACGAAAAGUGUGACAGUUCUAGUGGUGAGAGAGCUGAUCUUACAGAUAGCCCUACAGAAAAUCACUACUCGCCUGUUAAUUCUUUUCAAGAGGUCCCUGACUCUUCUGACCUCAGUUUUCCUGUGGACAAUACUGAACAAUCCAACGCUCUUAUCUUUAACCAUGAGGACACAUUGACGACAAACGAGUCCCUGUAUCAACUACAACCAGGAUUGUCUGUGGGCCACGUACCAGAGUCUGAAGACACUUCUACAAAGGAGCAAUCUGUUUAUGCCAGAGAUAGCGUCCCAUUUGGCUACAUGGGCGGUGCAGACUCCACAAAGCUCGGUGAAGAUUAUAAUCAGUGCAGUCUAGCCUCGGGUAAACUUGAGGAUCUCACCCAGUCUUCAUGGGACAACAAAACUGACCUGGAGUCACCUACAGAAGACAGGCCCCUAUCAAGUCAAGAGGAAUUCGAAAGUUCCGACACCAGUGAUGUUCAAAUUCAUUCAUGUGGUCAUUUGGACGAUACAAAUGUUGAUCUAGGGGAAGGUCAAAAUGUUGGAUCAACUGCCGUGCGUGAGAAUCCUGUAGAACAAGGAUCAUCGACUGUAAACAGUGAUGUGAAAGGUCCAACUGUCUACGUGAUAGCAGAUCAGUCUCAGUUUCCUUUAGGAUUUCCAGCUGCUAGCGUUCUCAAGCAGUCAGUAGCUUCCUUACCGCCCCUUGUUAAUCUCUCAGCUGGUGCAAAACUGCAAAAUGUUCCACAGCAUUCUCAGCAUUCUUCAAGUUUGCCGGUCAAUUAUGCAGGUCAGAUGCCAACAGGGUUGCCAGUUAAUUUGGCAGCACAAACUUUGACAGCAAUUCCUCAGAGUUCCAGACCUGAUGUUACCAUUCCUCAAACGUACUCGUCAGCUUCACAAAAUUCUGCGAGUUCAUCUAGUGGAACUUCAGCAACUCCCGCAGCCACUCAACAGCCAAUCACAGCGGUGUCAAGUGCGUCGUCACAAGCGGGAGUUAUGAAUGGCUUCCCAGCCGUACCAGGUUACCCUUUCCUACCAUUUGGAAAUGUUUUUCCGUUCCUCAACCCGGCAAAUGCCGCAGCUAAUGCAAGCCUGAUGGCUGCUGCUGCUGCUGCUGGUGGCGGAAUACCCUUUCCAAUAAUGCCUGGAACCUCUAACAGUAUGCUGAACCAACAAGGAGGAAAGUUCGUGCCACCUCACUUAAACGUGGAUUUAGGAGGUGGGGUGUCACCGCUGGGUCAGUACUUACCAAUGCAGGCUCAGCUGAAUAGUUUCUCGGGAAUGACCAUGGAAGGGAAUGCUCCGGUGCCACGCCCACCGCCACAGCCACAGCCUUCACAAGCAGGGGUCACCAAUAACCCUCAAUCUGCAGCUCCUACUGUGCAGCAGCCAUUCAGAUUCCCUUUUCCGUUCAUUGACCCUCAAGCUUUUGUUAACAUGAACGCAGCGAUGGCCAUGGGAAUUCCGUACUCGGUGCUCCAGAAUGGCUGCCAAACUAAUUUGCAGUCUGGGAUGACUCCUCAGUUACAAGCGAAUAACAAGACCGCCGUACCGGGAAGACUGGAACACACGGGAGCAGGCGUGACCAAACCUGUGGAGGUGAAACCCGACAUUGGACUUGAAAGAGGAGAACCUGUAAGCCAUGGAAGUAAAACUCCAUCUUUGAGAAGACCAGCUACUGUUCCAAAAGUCAUUCAACACCAGGCUUCUAAGUCAAGUUAGCAGCUUGCAUGUUCCUUAGCAUUGCCGAGUUACGAUGAGUGGACGGC